UGUCUAAGCGAUGCUGGAGCUGUGACACUACAGCGGCUGCGUCCCAAAUUGCGCAAAUAACGCACUGAAAAGUACAAUAGAAGUUAGUAUACUAGCAAAGUUAGUGACUUGGACAGUUAGCUUCGGACAUGAUCUUCUUGAAAAGUUAAGCCGAUUUUAUCUGAAAUGGGUCAGUUUGAGUGCUACAAAAGACUUGAAGUAAUAGUCAAACCCAAUAGUCAAUAAACUUUUUUAUUACAUUUUUGUGCUGCCUUUUUUAAUCCUCAGUGUCAUUUAUUUGUUUCUUCAAAUAAAUUUAAGGCACUGAACGAGAAUGGCACUGACGGUGUCAAGUGACUUGUCUGUGUCUGUAACUACAGACCAGAAUGUUAAUAAAUUAACAGACAUACAGGAGGUACUUAGAAAGAGAAUACAGAAAGGAGAACCUAAAUCAAUGGGGAUUUCUCAGGUCAUGCUUGGAUUUAUGAUCAUCUCUUACUCUGUGCCACUGCUCUCUUCCGAAUUCACAGAGGUUGUCACGUUUGGUGUGCCAUGGUGGAGUGGCAUAUCCUUUGUCAUUGCAGGUACUGUUGCUCUUAUAAUGGAAAAACAUAGCAGUGUUUCUUUGGUCUUUAUAUGCUUGGUGUUGACACUGUUCGCUGCAGUCAUCUCAGUCAUUGCAAUAAUCAUCUACAUGGUUGAUAUUGUGAAGCACCCGCAGACUACUUGCCAGAGGAACACAGUGCCUAAAUGUGGUGUAGAAUAUCAUCUCACGAGACUCAGUGUAGAAAUAAAGUCAAUUCUAAUGUCCCUCAGCAUGGUUCAAACUGGCAUCGCUUCUGCUUUUGGAUUCAUUCUGUACAGAGAAAGGCAAAAUUUUAACAACUACAUGUUUGUGAAUUAAGGAUGUCCUGUAUUUGGAAA